CGCAGACCACGACGAUGCCAACGAAGAUCCACCAACGAGACACCCCCAAACCCCAACUAAACUAAACGACGUCGGCGGCGGCGACAACGACGACGAACGCGAAGACGCACACAGUCUCCGUCGAUUCUGGGAUCACUUUCUCUUGUUUUCCCGAGAAAAUGAAGGAGCCCAAGGACCUUGGGAUCAAGCUGUUCGGGAUGAAGAUCGCGUUGCCUGAGAACGAGAAGAUCCCAGUCAUUUCCGGCGACAACUCUGUCGCCGGAGAUUCUGAAGCUGUUGUUGUUGUUCAUGGAGAUAAUAGUUCUGAUCGUGAUUGUAGUCCGGUGGUCAGUCCUGUCGAAGACCAGAAAGUGAAGAAAGUAGGAGAAGAACAAAAACAAGCAAAGGAUCCUCUAAUUGGAAAACCUACUGAGACUAAACGGCAAGACAUUUCGCCACCUCUGGUUACAGAAGAUUUGACGAAUUUAGAAACAUUGCCAGAGUCUGAAGAGAACCUCGGGACACCUUCCGUUGAUGAAGAAACUGCGACAUUGAAUCCUCCCAAGACAGAAAAUGAUCAGAGUGAUACAAAUAGCUCAGAACAGAAAACCCUAAAGAAACCGGACAAAAUUAUUCCAUGUCCCCGUUGUAGUAGCAUGGACACGAAGUUCUGUUAUUACAACAAUUAUAAUGUUAAUCAGCCCCGUCAUUUCUGCAAGAGCUGUCAGAGAUACUGGACUGCCGGAGGUACCAUGAGGAAUGUGCCAGUGGGAGCUGGUCGUCGCAAGAACAAAAAUGCCGCCUCAAAUUGUCGUCACAUCACCAUUUCUGAAGCUCUCCAAGUAGCUCGAUUGGAUGCUCCAAAUGGGAUCCAUUACCCUGCACUCAAACCCAAUGGCAAAGUCCUCUCUUUUGGCUCAGAUGCACUGCUUUGUGACUCCAUGAGUUCUGCCUUAAAUCUUGUGGAGAAAAAGGCACCAAAUGGUAUCCAAAAUGGGGUUUAUAAACUUGAAAAAGGAAUUGCAGUUGCUUGCACUGGUGGAGAAAAUGGCGAUGAUUGCUCUAGUGGGUCCUCUGUCACAACUUCAAAUUCACUUGACGAAUGCUCUAGAAAUGGGCUUCAAGAGCCAAUGAUUCGAAAUAUGAAUGGCUUCCCUUCUCCAAUUCCAUGCCUGUCCGGGGUUCCAUGGCCUUAUCCUUGGAAUUCUGCAGUUCCCGUCCCAGCCAUUUGCCCUCCAGGAUUUCCUAUGCCAUUCUAUCCUGCAACUUACUGGAAUUGUAGUGUUCCAGGUGCUUGGAGUGUACCAUGGUUAUCUCCUAUGAUGAGCCAAAAGGUACCACUCUCUGGUUUUAGUGCACCAACUUUAGGAAAGCGUUCCAGGGACGGCGACUUGCUUAAACCGAGCAAUAUGGAGGGAAAUGAACAGGCGGUGGAACAGAAGGAUUCUGAAAAAUCCAUUUUGAUUCCGAAAACUUUAAGGAUCGACGACCCUGAUGAAGCUGCAAGGAGUUCCAUAUGGGCAACACUGGGGAUUAAGAACGACGUCUCCAGCAGGGCAGGCCUUUUUAAGGCCUUCCAACCAAAGGGCAAGGAAAAGAAUCACAUUGUCGAAACCUCUCCAGCAUUACGGGCUAACCCUGCUGCCUUGUCUAGGUCCCUCACCUUCCAAGAGGGUGUCUGAGGUGUAGCAUCUGUUAAGAUUGUGUCAUUAAGGAGUAAUUUCGAACCACUUACCGUCAUCCCGGAUAGGUCACAUAGUGUUGAAGGUAUGGUUUCUCAGCAGAAUAUGGGAGUAGUUGUCUCGGAGAAAGCUCUAGCAGAAACUGGUCUCGUCUUUCUUGUAACAUUAAGAAUAGGUUCCUUUGUUCUAUAUGGUGAGUUUGUCUGUACAUAUCUAUGUAUAAAAGAAAUACUGACAUUAGAAGCAGAGAAAGAGAGUGGAAGAUCUUUAGAUGUACCAAAAUUAGAAUGUAAUUGUAAGCUGUGUCUGGAAAGUAGUUCUUUUUUCCAUUUCCUUUGUAAUUUCAAUAAAAUUGGAGUUUUUCCUUCA